AGGAGGAGGGGGAGGAAGAGAGGAGAGGAGAGGAGGAGGAGCGGAGGAGCUGCUGGAUGUGGAGCUCGGACUGCGCGCACCGCUCCCGACCCGGUGGGCUUCUAUUAUUUCCUGCGGGGCCGCUCGGACUUGUUUCUGGCUCUCUCCCGGAAGAUGCGGCGCUAAUGAACCCCCCUCAGCCUUUAGAUGAGUGAGGCACAACAACGCCAGCUGAACAUCAACACUCCGCAGUGACGGUGGAAUAUUGGCAGACGCUCAGGAGGGACCUUGAAGACGCACAUUUUCCACUAUGAACCGCGCCUUCAACAGGAAAAAAGAUAAAUCCUGGAUGCACACCCCGGAGGCUCUGGCCAAGCAUUACAUACCCUACAAUGCCAAGUUCCUUGGAAACACGGAGGUCGAAGCCCCGAAAGGCACCGAAGUUGUGAAGGAUGCCGUGCGGAAGCUGAAGUUCCAGAGGCACAUCAAGAAGUCGGAGGGCCAGAAGACCCCCAAGGUGGAACUGCAAAUCUCCAUUUAUGGCGUGAAAAUAUUAGACCCCAAGACAAAAGAUGUGCAGCAUAACUGCCAGUUACACAGGAUAUCCUUCUGCGCCGAUGACAAGACCGACAAAAGAAUAUUUACUUUCAUCUGCAAAGACUCUGAGUCCAACAAACACCUCUGCUACGUGUUCGACAGUGAGAAAUGUGCAGAAGAGAUCACUCUGACCAUCGGUCAGGCCUUCGACUUGGCCUACAAGAAGUUCUUGGAGUCCGGGGGCAAAGAUGUGGAAACCAGGAAACAGAUCGGAAGCCUCCAGAAGAGAAUUCAAGAACUGGAAACGGAAAACUCUGAGUUGAAGAAGCAGCUUCAAGAGCUGGAGGAACAGCUGAUGAUCGCUAAUGUCCCCCCGCCGCUGCACAUAAACGCCGCUAACGAAGCGUACAUGCUGCAGAGGCCGUCCUCUCUCUUCUGGUGUCACAGCAUCAAGUCGCUCUCCUGUCUGGAGAUCUCCUCGGUCACGCUCACCCCCAUGAGCUCGCCGGAGUCCAACCUGUCCAGCGGGCUACUAACUCCUCCGCCUGCCAAACCCGCUCUCCUUCCUGCUAAACCUGCCGAGGGCUGCAGCAUCCCGCGGCCUCGCGUCGGAAGCAUCUCCAUGAAGCCGCAGUCCACCGACAUCUUCGACAUGGUUCCCUUCUCUCCGGUGACGCCGCUGGUUCCCACGCAGGCCAGCAACGGCUGCCCGCCACCUCCUCCAACCACAUUGCCCCCGGAUAUAAGGAAAGAUCUGUUUGGCGCCGAGCCUUUCGAUCCGUUCACCUGCGGCUCGGCCGACUUCCCCCCGGAUAUUCAGUCCAAGCUGGACGAGAUGCAGCGUCAGAGAUGGAGGGGUUCAAAAUGGGACUGACCUUAGAGGGCACGGUCUUCUCCCUGGACCCGCUGGACAGCCGCUGCUGAUGCCCCCCCUCCUCCCCCCCCUGUUUGUAUGAAGAAGUGCCAAAAUCCAACUCCACGCUCGAGUCAAGAUGUCACACUUUUCAUCUGGAGGUUUAUAUGCAUUUGCAUUUAAAUUGGGUUUCUUUUUUUUUUUUUUUUCAAUAUAUCAAUUAAAAAUAAAAAACUCAGAUCCAUUAUAGAAAAGAGUUAUUUUUCUAAGAAAACAAAGAAGAAAAAAAAUGAAAGGACUAGUUUUGAGUACCUUUUGGUUGCACAGGCAGUGAGAGUUGUAAAUAGUCGAAGAUGUCCAAUGGUACACUCCGUGGCAGACUUUUCAUAUGUGUGUGUGUGUGUGCGUGUGUGUGAGAACUCUGUAUCAGUGACACAUUCCUGUUUGUACGCCCGACACCAACACAGCUGAUGGGAUCCGUAUCGUUACCGCCACCUUCCAGCCCGUAGCAUCCUCUCUGUUACUCACUUUGAAUCCAUUAAUCCAGCCCCAUACUUUUUUACUGACCUUUUACACUUUUUAAUUUCACAACAUUUGAUUCGCCGUCUCAGUAUUUACCUGUUUUUGUUUUUUUUAACUUGUCACUUUUGGAGUGAGUAAUGUCUUUUAUUGUCUGUGUUCGUUAUGACUUCUUUCGUUUUCUUUCAGUUUCUUGUCUUUCUCCCCUCAUUCAUUCAGUAUUUUCCUGUUAUUUUACUUUUGGUUGCAAUGACGUUGCUGUUGCAAAAUAUUAAAGAAAAUACUACAAA